AUGCGUUUUGGACCGAAGAAGGCCAGGGACGCGCUCCAGAUCGAGGCCGAGGACGACCUGGAGGAGCUGCGCCGCAUGAUACGCCGCACGCGCAAGAAGAUGGACGCGCAGUGCCAGGUCAUGGACAGGUGGACAUCCGACGUGCGCGAGAUCAGGGGCGCGGACAGGUCCUUCGAGAAGACUCCGGCCCUGACCUACUCCGCCUCGACGCCAGCGCUGGGAGCGCCGGCCCCGAGGCCCCGGGCCCUGCAGGCCCCGGGCCGCGGCCGCGAGCAGCCGGGUGUGCGGCCAGCGCUUGCCGCCGGCCCUGGCGGCGACGAGAGGACCU